AAUAUUAAAGUGAAACCCAUUAUAUGGUUGUAAUGGCACAUCCAUACACGCACACACACACACUCAGACAGAGAAUAAGUGGUUCGCAAGCUGUGCUGCACAGUCAAUUUACUUACAUAUUGUACCAUCUAAUCUACACACACACACACACAAUAACACUACUUGAUACAACUUCUUUACCAAACUCCGAAGAGCUCCUGACCUCCGCGGACAUUCAGGAUGGCAAGGUUGAGUACGACAGGGCCACCGGUGCUAGCACCAAGUACAAGCUGAUUGAGGGUGGCUACGAGAUGAUCAUCACCACGCCCCAGCCGAAUGGUACGGUCAAGACCCAGGUGAAAACCUUCUGGGAUCCGAAGCCUGUUAGCGAGGCGGAUCUGGCCAAGGAGCAGGCAAACAAGAAGCUCGUCAAGCAGCGUCUGGGCAAGGAGAUACGCAUCGAUGAGAGAACCACCAUGCUGACCCGCGCCAUUGAGGGCGGUUACGAGGAGGUCUACACCACCAUCAAUGACGAUGGCACGCGCAGCUCGCGCACCAAGACCUUCUUUGAUUCCGUGCCCACGGAAAUCAAUGAGAGCACCAACACCCAGGUGAACAAGACCAAGAAGAAUGUUACGCGCAAGUCGUCGGUGGACUCUACCGACUCCACGGAGUCAUCCUCUCGUCGCAUCGUUCAAAAGACGCAGAAGAACGUGAUCCAAAAUGUCAACGAUAAGCAGUCGAACUAUCGCGAGGAUACCACCAUCGAGGAGACGCGUCGGGUUAGCCAGAACAUUGAGAUCACCGAGAACAAUCGCACCGUGCGCAAGAAUUCGCUCCAGGAGCAGAGCAUCAAGGCCAUUUCUCAGAGCUCCAACGAUAGCGGCAAGAAGAAGAAGAAGCCCAAGUCAUCGGCACCACCACCACCAGCGGACUUUGUGCAAAACGAUACCACUACCGUGUCCUCGAAGCGUGUGCCCGGCGGCGUGGAGUACACCUACUCAACGGAACUGGAGUCGGGCAAGACGAUUACCACCUCGAAGACCGUCUACGAGGAGGAAGAAGUCGAGCUGACCGAGGAGGAGAUCAAGCAGUACAAGAAGACUUUGAAGGAUGCUGAGAAGCACAAGAACGUGACCAGCACCAAGAAGCUCCGGUCCGAGUCGGGCACCAAGAAGAUCGUGCCCUCCGAGAAUCCAGGCGAUGUGACCACCGUUGAGACCAUCAAGAUCGAGGGCGGCACUGAGUACCACUACACCACCGUGACCGCUGAGGGUAUUGUGAAGAAGGCAGUGAAGACUGUGUACGAUCCGGUGCCCAGCUCCAAAUCGAACCCCGAGGAUACCGACGAGGAGGAGAUCAUUGAGGAGUACGAGGAGGAGAUUAUCGAGCCCGGCGAGAAGACGGUCAAGACUAUUGAGACUGUGAAGCAGUUGCCUCACAAGUUCCAAGAGGAAGUGACCAUCACCCAUGAGAAGAAGGAGAAGAAGGUAAAGAAGUCCAUGGUCAUAAGCCAUUAAAGCGCGCACGGCACAACCACAAAACAAACACGCACACAUCGAAAAACACACACCCACACUUAUUCACACGCUAGCUUUUGUAUUCGUUGAAAUUUGAAAAGUAUAUUUUGAUCUGUAAGAUUGGAAAUUAUGAGUACCCCUAAUAUGUAUUUCAGCGCCCAGUUCAGAUAGC